AUGGCGGAGAUCCCGGCACUCUUCAUCCAACGACCUAUCGUACAGCGGCACUCGCGGGCGGCGAUGUACCAUCCGUUCGUUGAGUCACUCGCGCUGACACUCGUUGACAUUCCGAUCACCAUCCUUACGCUCGUUCUGUUCACUAUAAUUCUCUAUUUCCUCGUCGGUCUGCAAGAGGAUGCGGGCAAGUUCUUCAUCUUCCUACUGUUCGUCUUCGCUAUGACGAUCACGAUGAAGAGCUGGUUCCGCGCGCUCGCUGCGCUGUUCGCGAGCGCCGCCCCCGCCCAGGCUGUCGCCGGUGUCUCGGUCUUGAUCCUGACCCUCUACACGGGUUACACCAUCCCCCAGCCGUCCAUGAUCGGAGCUCUGCGCUGGAUCACCUACAUCAACGGAGAAAUCUCAGCUCUCGUGAACCUUUGCAGGACACUCGGUGGAUUCAGCGUUGCCUACUUCCAGGUGCCAUGGGCGACGAAGUACGGCGCUUUGCAGGCCUUUGGUGUUGAGGCCGCGAUUGUCGCCGGAUUAUUCCUACUGAUUGUGCCCGCGUUGCAAAUCAAGGGCGCUUACCUGAGGGCUCGUUUCUCUGGAUAGGUCCCGGAUAGGUUCCUUGAUCUCUGCAACCAGCCACUUCAGGCGGGAUUGUCAGCGGCGCUGGAAAUGGCGCAGGCUAUUGGGGACGCAACAUUUGUAGCGUGUAGCAUAGGUGUUUCUGACUAUGCUUAUGGAGGAUACACAUCUACCAGUGUACGACUUGUGUUGCGGGCUCAGUGUCCAACGUUCGACUCUGAGGCCUGAGGGCUCGGAGUGAG